GGUCGAUGAAACAAAACGCCCGCCCUGUUCCACUGCGCUCUGCAACCCUUCCGAGCCCCCUCCGCCCAGACGACUCAACAAAUGAAGACCUCCAGAGCCAGCGCAGCCUUACAUGUAGGCAGAGUAGAUUACGACUGAGCUGCUGACCAGAGAGCACACGCAGCGCUUUCUGAAUGGAGGCGAGAUGAAGGUAGAGCAGCUCUUUCAAGAAUUUGGCAACAGGAGAUCGGACACUUUCCAGUCCACCGGCCUCUCGGACUUGGAAAAGUGCUCUCCCACUGUGUCUCAGGGUAAAAGUUCAGACAGCUUGCCCACGGCCAAGUCCAGCAGUGCCUCCAAAGCGCCCAAAGUGGUGCCUCUGACCCCGGAGCAAGCCCUGAAGCAAUACAAGCACCACCUCACCGCCUACGAGAAGCAGGAAAUCACCAGCUACCCAGAAAUUUAUUUUGUGGGGCCCAGUGCCAAAAAGAGACAAGGCGUGGUUGGCGGGCCCAACAACUCGGGGUAUGAUGACACAGACGGCGCCUACAUCCACGUGCCUCGAGACCACGUGGCCUACCGCUACGAGGUGCUGAAGGUGAUCGGCAAGGGGAGUUUCGGGCAGGUGGCCCGGGUCUACGACCACAAGCUGCGGCAGUACGUGGCCCUGAAGAUGGUGCGCAACGAGAAGCGCUUCCACCGGCAGGCGGCCGAGGAGAUCCGGAUCCUGGAGCACCUGCGGAAACAGGACAGAACGGGCAGCAUGAACGUCAUCCACCUGCUGGAGAGCUUCACGUUCCGGAACCACGUCUGCAUGGCCUUUGAGCUGCUCAGCAUCGACCUCUACGAGCUCAUCAGGAAGAACAAGUUCCAGGGCUUCAGCGUCCCUUUAGUGCGCAAGUUCGCCCAGUCCAUCCUGCAGUCCCUGGACGCCCUCCACCGGAACAAGAUCAUCCACUGCGACCUGAAGCCAGAGAACAUUCUCCUAAAGCACCGGGGCCGCAGCGCCACCAAGGUCAUUGACUUUGGGUCCAGCUGCUUCGAGUACCAGAAGCUGUACACGUACAUCCAGUCUCGGUUCUACCGCGCUCCGGAGGUCAUCCUGGCCAGCCGCUACAGCACACCCAUCGACAUGUGGAGCUUCGGCUGCAUCCUGGCAGAGCUCUCGACAGGGCAGCCCCUCUUCCCCGGAGAGGACGAAGGAGACCAGCUGGCCUGCAUGAUGGAGCUGCUCGGGAUGCCGCCGCCCAAGCUUCUGGAGCAGUCCAAACGUGCCAAGUACUUUAUUAACUCCAAGGGCCUGCCUCGCUAUUGCUCCGUGUCGACUCAGGCAGACGGGAGGGCUGUGCUUGUGGGGGGCCGCUCCCGUAGGGGCAAAAAGCGGGGGCCCCCAGGCAGCAAAGACUGGGUGACAGCCCUGAAAGGGUGUGAUGACUACUUAUUUAUAGAGUUUCUGAAAAGGUGUCUUCACUGGGACCCCUCUGCCCGCCUGACCCCGGCUCAGGCAUUGAGACACCCUUGGAUUAGCCAGUCCCUGCCCAGAGCUCUUGCCACAGACAAAGUGUCCGGGAAACGGGGGGGAAACCCUACAAGUGCUUUCCAGGGCCUGGGCUCCAAACUACCUCCAGUUGUCGGAAUAGCCAACAAGCUCAAGGCUAACCUCCUGUCAGAAACUAGUGGGGGGAUACCUCUGUGCAGCGUGUUGCCAAAACUGAUUAGCUAACGGACAGCCGUGUGCUCAGAAAUGCAUACCCAUGCAUUUGUAAUGGUCUUGCACGCCUGCAGGCGGGAGGGGACGGAGCAGUGUGAGCCCGCCGGUGGGUUUGUUCUGUGAGGCUGGGCUGCUUGGGUGUUAUCCGUUUGGUUUUGGUUUUGGCUUUUUUUUUUAAAGACGAACAGAAAACAAACAUUUUUUUUACGAUUGUAAAAACUCUUCAAGGGCUACUGACCUACUCAGCUUGUAUUGGCCAUCCUGGAAUAUACAUUAAAUGACUUUUUGUAGGUCAGCGCA